GUUUUCCUCUCUUUUUAAUUAAAAGCCUUUCAAGAGAAUAGGGUUUUAGCUUGGGUUUAGUCUCUUGCAAGAGAAUGGGGUUUUAGCUUGGGUUUAGUCUCUUUCUGUGAUCGACUCUUAAAUAAUAACUUUUGACUCUGCAGCGUGUCUCAUUAUCGGAGAGACUAAUCUGUUUUCUCAUCUUGCUGUGGAUUGCAGGAGAACACACAAUGAAUUUCAAUAAUGUAAGGGUUCCAAAGAUGUCAGGAGGGGGUCCUGCUGGGUCGUUGGCAAAAGCUGUAGUGAUAGGUGGUCUUGGUAUUUAUGCUGCUCUCAAUAGUCUUUACAAUGUGGAUGGUGGUCAUCGAGCAAUUGUGUUUAAUCGAAUAGUUGGUGUCAAAGACAAGGUUUAUCCAGAAGGAACACAUCUCAUGAUCCCUUGGUUUGACCGUCCUGUAAUCUAUGAUGUUAGAGCUCGACCUAAUCUUGUAGAAAGUACUUCGGGUAGUCGUGAUCUUCAGAUGGUUAAAAUUGGCCUUCGUGUUCUCACAAGGCCACUGCCUGAUCAGCUUCCAACCAUUUAUAGGGCACUUGGAGAGAACUAUAAUGAGAGAGUAUUGCCUUCUAUCAUUCAUGAAACCUUGAAAGCAGUGGUUGCUCAGUACAACGCAAGUCAGCUGAUCACUCAACGAGAGGCUGUAAGUAGGGAGAUAAGGCGUAUUUUGACUGAACGAGCUGCAAAUUUCAACAUUGCUUUGGAUGAUGUUUCCAUAACAAGCCUUACAUUUGGAAAAGAAUUUACUGCUGCCAUUGAAGCGAAGCAAGUUGCAGCUCAAGAAGCUGAACGUGCUAAGUUUGUUGUGGAGAAGGCAGAGCAAGACAAGAAAAGUGCAAUCAUUAGAGCUCAGGGAGAAGCCAAGAGUGCUCAGCUUAUUGGUGAGGCCAUUUCAAACAACCCAGCAUUUAUUACAUUGAGAAAGAUUGAAGCAAGCAGGGAGAUAGCACACACUAUUUCAAACUCUGCAAACCGAGUAUUUUUGAGUUCUGAUUCGUUGUUGCUUAACUUGCAAGACGUGGAUGUGGGGGAGAUGGUGCCGUCACCCAAGCCCAAAAAAUGAUAUUGAUGGGCUAAGACAAUCCAUUUUAAAAAAUUCUCAGUAACCAGUCCCUUUCUGUCUAGAUUCAGAAGCUUGAGGUGUUUGUGUUUUUUCCAUUGCCAACUAGCCUAAUUUUGAUGAGCUACUGGAACCAGUAAUUGUUUUCUUAUUUAUUUCAUGGUAAAACCUUUCAGAAAACAGGUUGGGCAUCUUUAGAUUUUAUAGUGAACAUGGUUUCUUAAACUUUCAGUUUUUUUUUAUUCAUGUGAUUAUGGUGACAGGCAUAACUGCAUGUAACACGAGUCAUUUAUUAUUUGUCUGUGAUAACUCUGAAUAGAGUCGAAAAUGUAUGUGACCAUUGGAUGAUUGGUAUGCUCAAUUCUAGAUACUGUUAUCGGGUUCAUUAUAAAUUUGCAUGGUUUAUAAGA